GUGUAUAAAUCGCGAGUUUUGAAAAGCGAGCGCGCAAAUUGAGACUGAAAAGAACAUUCCUCACACUUACUGCACACAUGUCCAUAUCAAUGUUGUAACAUUGUAAUAAACGUUAAACCGUUAGAUUGCAUUGAAAAGUGAAAGUGUUUGAAAUUGAAGAAAACUAAUAAGUGAAUGUGUGCAAUUAUUUGGAAAGAAUAAAAGAUGUCAGCUGAGUGGAAAUGCCGAUUUCCGGCUUUUUUAUGCACAGUUAUCGUCCUUAGUGGCUUUUGUGGGAAUGCCAAUGGUGAUGAAUACAUUGAAUACUUCUCGUCGGUGGCGGGUAUGGAAAAACUGUUAACGGUCGAGUUUGAGAUGUUGAACGAUUUGCAAAAUUACAUCAAUUCGAUGCAAAAGCAAAUUGAUCUACUCCAAAGCGAAGUGGACGCCAUUCGCUUGGACCACCAAGCCGCCGUUGAUGAUGUCGACGGCUACCUCAGCAACCCCGUGAAUGCGUAUCGUCUUAUUAAGCGCCUGCAAAGUGACUGGAGUGCUUUUGAAGAAUCUGUACGCAUAGACAGCAGCCGAACCGAUUUCUUAAGUGCAAUGGCAGCCAAUCGUCGCCAAGUUCAUUUUCCUUCUAAGGAGGAUGUAAUCGGUUCGGCGGUGGCUUUGGUACGACUGCAGGACACCUAUAAGCUAGAGGUUGCCGAAUUGGCGAGUGGUGUUUUAAAUGGCAUCAAAUAUGGUCCAUCAAUGUCUUGGCAAGACUGUUUUUUACUCGGUCAUUAUUUGUAUGAAAUACAGGAUUUCAACCACACGGUACCAUGGCUAAGAGAAUCGAUGGAACUGCUUAAGAAUGAAGAAUACGAUAAAGACGCAGUGACGCUGGAUUUUAUGGAGACCGUUGUGACGUAUCACCAAGAAAUGGGCGACUUUCAUACGGCACUGGAGCUCACGAAUUACAUCUUAUCUAUUGACGCACAACGCGAUCAAUUGCGAGAUACGAAAUACUAUUUGGAGCGCAUGCUCAGUGACGGUGUUAAGACGGGUUUGAUGCAUGAAAUUGCACCGAACAGAGGUGAUUACCAUCUCAGCGAUGACUAUAAACGCUAUGAGCAAGUUUGUCGAGGCGAAUUACAGCUCACUCCCACUGAGGAGCGUCCACUACGUUGUCGCUAUGAUAGUAAUAAUGUGCCUCACCGCCUGCUACAGCCGUACAAGGUAGAGGAGCUUCAUUUGGAUCCCAGAGUUGUGCAAAUCCAUGAUGUUAUUUCGACCCACGAUAUCGAGGCAGUGAAGCGCGUAGCUCAGACGCGUAUGUCUCGUUCUCAGGUGCGAAAUUUGAAUGGUAGUGCCGCGUCGACGGCCAAUUACAGGAUUAGCAAAAGUGCGUGGUUUGCGUAUGAAGAAAGUGAACACAUGCAAACAAUGAAGCGUCAUAUGGGCGAUAUAUCGGGCUUGAACAUGGCCUCGGCAGAGCACCUACAGGUGGCCAACUAUGGCAUUGGCGGUCAUUACGAGCCACAUUUCGACUUUUUCACGGAUAAUUGUACAUUUAAGGCAUCAGAAGGGAAUCGUCUCGCUACUGGCAUAUUUUAUCUCUCGGAUGUUGCUGAAGGCGGCGGCACUGCUUUUCCGUAUCUUCGCUUACUAGUUAGGCCACAGCGUGGUAGUGUACUUUUCUGGCACAAUUUACAUCGUUCGGAGGAACCGGAUUAUCGUACAAGGCACGCCGCCUGUCCGGUACUAAAGGGUUCCAAGUGGAUUGGUAAUAUUUGGGUUCGCGUGCGAAAUCAAGACCGUGAACGGCCCUGUGGCCUCCUACCUGACCACGAGGUGUCGCUUGAAUAUAAACACUUAGUUUAAUAUGAGUCUGCGUACAUUUGUAUUGAUUGAAAGGAAGGUAUUUAUGUUAAUUCUUUUUAAGACCAGUUUAUGCAGACUCAAAACCAAAUAUUGUGUUGUGUGAUAACUUUGUUAUAUUUACUGUUAUUUUUGUAAAAUAAAAAGGUUUUAAAACUAA